CGGCCGGCGGGCCGCGAGCCGGGCGGCCUUAUCACAGAGCGGCACACAGUCGCCUCGCGUUCCCCGCGACGCACGUUUCCGCGAGUGACGGCCGAGACGCGAACACAGUGCUUAGUGCCAGUGCCGCGCACACAAGUGACUUGUGACAUAGUGAGUGAAGUCCAAACCUUUAAACUAUAUUAUCCAAGUGUGGUGACCGCGCGUCCACGACGCCGACAUACCACGACCAUCUGUUUGUGGGCGCAAAACAACGCAACUGUCAAACAUUGUAAACACAACAGCGCACGUGACGCCGGCUCACAACUGGCGCGGAGUCGCUAUGGCGACUAAGGGCAAACGUCCAAUGCGCGCGCUCACGCCCAGCGACAAGAUCGAGGCGAUCCAGCGCGUCAACGACGGCGAAUCUAAGGCGUCCGUGGCGCGCGAUAUCGGCGUGCCCGAGUCCACGUUGCGUGGCUGGUGCAAGAACGAGGACAAGCUGCGCUACAUGACCUCGCGCCUGUCCUCACCGGACACUGACAAGAGCAACGACGGCGAGCCGCUCGAAAAGCGUGCGCGCACAGAGUCCCCCGUCGCGCCGCACUCGCCCGCGCCCGCCGGCCUCGACCUCUCCGCGCCCGUCGGCGCCGCGCACGCUCCGCCCGUCGCACCCCCGCCACCCGCUGACACACCCGUCGAGCUCACCACCAAACGCGCAGAACCCGCCCUGCACCACACCGCGCCCCGCGACCGCCGCGCUGAUCCCGGCGCAAGCGUCUCCAUGAGCGCUAUCAGCCCCCUCUCAGGUCUGGCGCACCUGCCAGGACUCACGCACUCCCACCUCGGCAUCAGCUUCAAUGAAAUCGCUACCAACCUGACCCUGCUCGCACAGCUCAACCCUGGCCUAUCGGGUCUAUCGGCCCAGCCGGCGAGCCGCGCGCUGCGUUCCGUGCGCUCCCCCAAGCCUGCACACAACGGAGGGCUAAACCUCAGCGAAAGCAAACAUCGGAGCAAAUCCCACCACUCGCAUUCCUCCGAUCCUUAUCGUCACAGCGGCUCCAAGUCACAUCACAGCAGUUCCCAGAACGCGACCCAACCGGUGGACGACACGCUCUGGUACUGGCUGAAGACCCAGCAGGCUAUGCUCGACCUGACAGCGCAGACGACCACCGCCCACCCGCUGCAGCUCGGUAAACCGAGCGAGCCCAGUCUGCCACCGAAACCGGUCGCGCCCGCUCCUCCACUAAAUUCACACUUAGAUUACAACAGAAACUCUUGGCUGUGGCAAUAUUACAAACAGUUCGGUGGCGCGAUGCCUCUGCCUGACGACAAACUAAAAUCCGCAUCACAGGUCCCGAAAGACAAAGCGGCAGAGAACAUUCUUUAUUCACAAUUGACAAGAGGCAAACCGGAGGAGGAGCACGCCGCGACCGCGAUACCGGUUCCCGUACCACCGCAACCCGCCGCCGCCGGGGAGGUGCGCGAGUCCGCCGCACCCGAGCCCCGCGUGCCCGAGCCCCGCGUGCCCGAGCCCGUGCCCAGCCCCGACGUCGGAACGGAGAACAAAGAGCCCAAUCACGAGAAAAAUAUAGACACCGGUAGAAGUCAAAAUAAAGCGCGAAAUGUCCUGGACAACUUGCUAUUCAAUAACACCAAUCAAACGUGUGGAGAGGAGGCGAAGUCGAAUGAGGUCACGAACGGAGAGUGGGAGAGCGGCGCGGCAGAGGCGCUGGAGCAUGGGGAGAAGUUCUUGAGGUGGCUGGAGGCGAGCGGCGACCCCAGCGUGACGCGCAUGCACGUGCACCAGUUGAGUGCGCUGCUACACAACCUGCGCUCACGACGCGCCGCGCCUCACGCGCCCGCCGAGCACGCGGCGCGCCGCAAGUAAACGCGCCCCCAGAUUGCGAGCUCGCUACAGGGAAUAUUUCAAUUAUACGUGUACAUAUUUAAUUACGUCAUCGCCAGUAAGCGUUCACUUGUGAUAUGUGUAGCCAAAUUUGCGUAAUUUCUUUGUUCUAAAAGAAAAGCUAUGCAUUAUAUUUGUUUAGUUUAUAAGGUUUAACGUAGCCGUGGUACGGAACCAGCGCGGUUCCCUCGAUAGCUUUGUCGAAUCUCUACAUUGAUAGUUAAACUUUUUCCGAGUCUAUAACAAACCUUAUUGUGUUAAUAAAUAUAGGUGAUAAAUGUUACAGAUCCACAGUUACGUUAGUUUCCGAUGCGCACGAGUCGUUAUGUGAUUAGAGUAAGUAGUGUCGCCGCCGCCGCCGCUGUUUGUACGUUGCCAUUGUCGAUUACAUUCCUAGGUGUUGUACCCUUCCGUAGUGCGAUCCCUAUGUUCUACCUCAGAUCAAAUCUAAUGCUAAGUCAUGGCCUCCUGUCGGCCACUUAGGGGAUACUUGUCUAGCGAGUGCCGCUUGUGGCGCUAGUGUCGCGUACCUAUACCAAAUAUUAUUGAGGUUGCGAUUGAAUCGAAUGUGCCAAUCGUAAGAACAAGGUAGUAUAUGUUGUUAAUAUAUAGAUGACUAUGGUUAUCAACACCCGUGUAAUUGUUUUUAUUGCUCAGUAUUUUAUAUAUCUUAGACAAUCUCGAAGUCUCGACUCGGAAUUGUAUAUGUUAAACGUUAACAGUUAAGGACUCUGUGAUCAAAAUUAUAAAUUAUUGAGAGAUUAUUAAUAUUAUAAGUACAUUCCUAAUGAAUAGAGCGUAUUAUAAUGAUCUUGUUGAAGCGAGUGUCCGACGGCGACGGGGAGGCUGGUCACCUGCCCGCCUGCCCGCCGUCGGCCGCGCGCCGGUUCAAAGAUUCUAUGUCUCCUUUCCAUUGAAGUUAGUAUAGUUGUAUUGUGUUCGUUGUAAUUAUGUUAGCUCCAUUGGAUACUGUUUCGAGAGAUAAUAUUUUGUACAAAAUUAAUAUGAAAAAGUGAUUAUUAAAGAUUAUACUUCGUAACGCAGAGUUUGUGAUCUUGAAAUGUUGAACAAUUAAAUUUGAACCUUUAACGA